AUGGACGGCGGCUACCGCUCCAAGUCGUACGCCAGCGGCCGCAUGCAGAUCGAGGCCUAUACAGGCGGCGCGCGGCCGGACUUCCGGUCCUUGUCCUACGGCGGCGGCGGGGCGUCGUACCAGUACCAGUACGAGUACGGCUCCGGAGCAGGGCAGGUGACGACGGUGGUGGAGGAGGAGGUGAAGAGGAGCAAGUCUAAGCGGCGGUGGCUGGCGCUGGGUGACCCGGACAUGGAGCGGAAGCGGCGGGUGGCGGCGUACAAGGCCUACGCCAUGGAGGGCAAGGUGAAGGGAUCCUUCCGCAAGAGCUUCAGAUGGAUCAAGGACCGCUAUCUGCACCUCGUCUACGGCGUGUCCUAG